UGUAUACAAUUCUUCCCUAUAUUACUGUUUUUAUUAAGCUUUCCAUAGCCUAGCAUGCAUCUACACAGUGUGUAAUCCCCCUCCACUUCCAAGGAUCACUGUUUCGUGGAAGCCACCCUACAUUCCCAUAUGUACCGACAUUGUCCCAAAAUGACACGGGACCGAUCAAUCACUGUUCAAAAACCAUUCUUCGGCUGGUCUUAGCGAAAUGUCCUUUGAUUAUCUAUCAUGCACAAAUAACACGAUAUAUAUCACCAAGUCACGCAGAAUCAUAGAGAUUUGAUCUUCAGUUGCAGCAGUCUGCGAACUUCGUGUUGUUUUCAUCAACAUGUAUCCAGCGAUAUAUCUUGGUUUCAAUCUUGGAUUUUUGUAUAGCGAAAUCGCGAGAAUUACGACAGUUCACCUGUUUCUCCGGUGAUUCCGCAAGUUCCGAACAGCUUUUACGAGGUUUACUGUCGAUAAGAUUUAAGCUUUUGCAGAUCACUAAACGAGGCAGGUGGAAGCUGCGGGGUUUUGAAUUACUUUAAUCUACUCUACCCUAAUUGGCUUUUGUGAUAUUAGUAUAUUACUAGAGCUCUAUAACUUUCGUCCGUAGAUUAGCUGGCAGGGAAGUUCAUUUUUCAAAUCUAGGUCAUUGAAUUUCAUCUAUCGAAUCCUCUACAACAACCAUAUUAAAUAGAACUGCCAGUGCCAUUUUAAAUUAGGAUCCACUUUUCUGAAUGUCCAUUCGUAUGUACACAAGCUAAAUUCCCCUGCUCAACAUUCUAUUUGCGCUCCAACUACAGUGUUAGGAUCAACAUGCUUAAUUGGUCUCGGAGAAGCAAUGUAAUGAUGCCUUAAAUCUCUUAACACUCUUUAUAAGUUCAGAUAAAGGCGUUUUGUUAUUGCUAUUUCCAUAGGCUUCAUUCCUAUAAAGUUCAUGCUGACGGUCUCAACUCAUCGUUCAAAACAUUGGCACAACUCAAAUCAUGUUUGUUCUACACAAGGUCAUUGGACUGUCUAGUAUUCUAUUCACGGCAGUCUCUAGUCAAUAUAUUUCCCUCAACUCUGGUGAUUUGAACGCCAGACUGAAUUCAUCGAGCCAGACACUUGCAUCUUUGAUCCCAAAGUCCUUGACUACAUUCGAUUUCUCCCCUUUUGAUCUUCUCUCACAAAGAAACGAAAAUGGCAAUUAUCAUGUUGGCGAUAUUACACUCAGGUAUCGACCUGUUGGAUCUACUUCAUGGAUCGGUGUCGAUUCCGCUGCAGCUAGAAAUGCGGUGACUUCCACUGGUGCCACUUCCGCAAACCUCGCACCAACCCUACCAUCAGGAAUUCCUUUGAACAUCACGAGAGUUUGGUCUGCUAGCGGGGCAGAUAUUAAUCUCAACUUCACUAUAACCAAUAAGGGUAACACCAGUAUUGAAAUCGGAGCACUUGGAUUCCCUAUUGAGUUUAAUAGCAUCUUCACAAAUAGGACAGCAGUAGAUACUCAGCAAAUGUGCUCCCUCGUGGAUCCAAACAUUGGCCUUGACGGUGGCUAUCUACGCGUGACUCCAUUAUCUGGAACGGGUCCAGCGCUUGUAGUGACACCAUUGGGACAAACACCCCUCGAAGGAUGGCGAUUUUUGGAAGAAGAUCCCGACACCGCACUUUCCUAUCAAAGCCAAACAUUUGAAGGGUUCUAUUCUUGGGAAACUUACACUCUAGCAUAUACUCAGAAUGAAUGGAAUGGUACGAGCCCUUGGAAUCCCGGUACAUCUGUAGUGCUCGCGAAAGGCCAAUCGAUUACCAAGGGAUUGAGAUUUUCUAGUUCAAGUAGUAUCAGCAAUAUCGAAACCACUGUAGCAAACACCGGAACUCCUGUUGCUAUUGGUAUACCGGGAUAUAUCAUUCCCCAGGAUCUCACAGCUCAAUUGUUCUUGCAACACAAUUCACCUGUCUCUUCCAUUACAUCAACUCCUGCUGGAGCCUUCACAUUUACCGCUACAGGAACUAAUAAGUACAAUCUUACCCCUGGCUCCUCUGCAUUUGGGAGAGUGCGAGUAACAAUUACAUAUUCUGAUGGUCUUGUACAAACGGUGAACUAUGCCAUCACCCUUUCUGCACCCUCGGCCAUAUCUAAGCUGGGCACAUUUCUAACAACAAAGCAAUGGCUUUCCAAUACCAGUGAUCCCUUUGGUCGAGCACCAUCCGUCAUAUCAUACGACCGUUCAGUUGAUGCUCAAGUCCUUCAGGACCCAAGGGUCUGGAUCGCUGGAUUGAGUGAUGAAGCCGGAGCCGGAUCUUGGCUCGCUGCAACAAUGAAACAAGCAAUUUCACCCAAUGCAGCUGAGGUGACUAAAUUGGAACAAUUCAUCACAAAAACACUAUGGGGUGUUCUUCAGAACUCUGACUAUAGCGUCAAAAAAAGUGUCUUUUACUACCAACCUGGUGCUAUUUCCUACAAUUAUCUAUCCUCGAUUGAUUGGAGCAAUUGGUGGAGUUGGGACAAACCGACUGCGUAUGGUACCGAGAGAACCUACGAUUAUGUUCAUGUUACUGCUGCUUAUUGGGCUCUCUAUCGUGUUGCUAGAUUUUAUCCAACGCUUGUCACUCAGCAGACAUGGCAAUGGUACUUGAAUCAGGCUUAUGAAACUAUUAUCUAUGCUACCGGUCCGAAUACGGAUUAUGUAGAUGUAGGAUUGAUGGGCGAGACUGUUUGGGGAUAUGUUUUGCAGGAUUUACAAAAUGAAGGGAAUACUACUGCGGCGAAUGCGGUUGUAGCUGCGAUGAAGACAAGAGCAGAUUUGUGGGAUAGUGAGGCUGUUCCUUUUGGGAGUGAGAUGGCUUGGGAUUCUACUGGGCAGGAGGGGGUUUAUUAUUGGUCCAACUAUUUCGGCUUGACAGCUACAGUCACGAAGACAAUUAAUACCAUCUUGGGAUACAUGCCCACGGUAAGCCAUUGGGCCUGGAAUGGCAAUGCGAGAAGAUAUUGGGAUUUCAUCUACGGAGGUAAAAUAAUGCAAUUCGAAAGAAUGGGUCAUCAUUAUGGAUCCGGUCUAAAUGCCCUACCACUACUAUCACACUUCGAACAAAAUCCCUCUCAAACGUAUUUGCUUCGAGUCGGAUACGGCGGAACAAACGGUCCAUUAUCUAAUAUCGACCAUGAGGGCUUCGCAUCAGCUGCUUUUCACACAUGGCCAGAUACCAUGGCUUGGGACGGAUACAGCGGGGACUACGGACCGAAUUUCGUGGGUUUGUCAUUAGGAUCUGGUGUCUAUGUUGUGGAUGAUGCGGUAUUGGGUCUUAUUGCUUUUGGGGGUACCCUCUGUGGCUCAAACACUUCAUGGAGUGUAGAGCCAAGAGAUGCGGUGAGGAGGAAAGUGUAUAUUGCACAGCUGGGGUUUAAAUUUGAGGUUGAUGCGGCGGCUAUUGAAAGUUUGAAGUAUGAGGAUGGUAAGGUGCAGAUUAGUAUUGUGCCGAGUGUGGAGGCGGUGAGUGGGAUGGCAAAGGCGAGUGAGACGAUUUUGAGAGUUACGAAGAUGGCGCAGGUGGGAGGGACGGGGAAGGUGGUUGUGGAUGGGUUGAGUGCAUUGAGGGGGGGUUGGAAGGUGGAUCUUAGAGAGGGGAGGGUGAAUGUAGCGGUGGGGUUUAAGUAG